AUGUCCCGAGAGCGCUGCUGCUGCUGCCGCUGCGAGCGCUGGCCACCACCACCGCCGCUACGCUGCUGGGUACCACCCCGACCAGCUCCACCCCCUCCACCACCACUGCCUCCUCCGCUGCCGCCUCCACCGCCUCCACCUCCGCCGCCUCCACCUCCGCCGCUGCCUCCACCACCACCGCUGGCACCACCACCACCGUCUCCGCCGCUGCUGCCACCACCACCACCACCCCCGCCACUAGUCCCGCCGCCACCCCCACUCCCUCCGCCGCCACCGCCGCCACCGCCACCGCCCCCUCCAGCUCCACCCGCGCCCUUGCCCCCCUUGCCCUUGCUGGAGCGACGUCUCCCACUAGGGGCAGACGCCGCGCCGACCGACUCAAGACCAAGCAGGUCGGCAGCAGCAGCAGAGGCAAUAGAGGGCAGCAAGGGGGAAGGAGAGCACCCCUCAAAGAUGGGGAAAGGCGGCUCAGCGACCUGGCGGCUCGGGUGCUGGGCGGCUCGGCUGCUGGGCGGCUCGGGCGCAGGGCGGCUCGGCUCCCGGGCGGCUCGGCGGCUGGGCGGCUCGGGUGCAGGGCGGCUCGGCUCCCGGGCGGCUCGGCGGCAGGGCGGCUCGGGUCCCGGGCGGCUCGGCGUCGGGCGGCUCGGCUCACGGGCGAUUCGGCUGCUGGGGCGGCUCGGCCAGGAGAUGCAGGGGCGGGGCCGUCAGGUGCAGCGGCGGGUUGACCGGUGCAGUGGCGGGCCGGCAGGUGCAGCGGCGGGCCGGCAGGUGCAGCGGCGGGCCGGCACGUGCAGGCGGCGGGCCGUAGGGUGCAGUGGCGGGCCGUAG